CUGUACCGUACGCAAAGUCAACAGACUCAAUAUCCCAAUCUUUGGCAUUCUGGCUGCUGUCUAUUUUAUGUGGCUUUGGUCUUCUUGUAUUUGGAUGCACCAAUGUGACGGCCAUGUCUUCUUCGUCUAACGCCAGGGUCUCCUCUCGAACUGAACGCAGGACUGCAACAGAUAAUGGAAAUACACAACCCCGCGCUCCAUCUGCGCAACAGGAACGAGGAACUAAAUGUGAGCGACCAGAUCCUCGCCGAACACAAUCACCGCAACCAUCUGUGACGUCUGGUACGUCUGGUACGACUCAUCGGAGGACGGCUUCAGGCACGCAGCGGACGAGCAGAAAUGUAGAAGAGAGGCGGACUGAGAGGGUUCAGAUUACGACGAGGGAGACUUUGACUUCCAGGACAAGAAGUCCAGAACGACGACCUGGUCCUUCAGUACAGCCCUCCGAAAAGCCAAGAGCCCAUGAAGUAGGUAGGGCAUAUUCUGGGGACUCCCGACCUAGGUCAAGUAAGGCGGAAGCACCGCUAGCACCAUGGAGCCCCGAAGUGUCACUAAUACCAUACACAAGUGCUCCUCUUGCAUCACGAAUCACCAUUCCACCGCUCGCAUCCGAAGCCCCUCAAUCACUACAACCUCGACCUCUCCACGAGUUGUCUCUAGAAGUACAAGAAGCUGCCAUUCUUGAAGACCUUCUCAUGGUGUUCAUGGGUUACGAAGGACAAUAUAUUCGAUUUGCCAAGAAUUAUAAUCCUACCGUGGAAAAGGAUCGUCUUGCCGGCCCUGAGUUCAAGAUUCUAUCCGGCUUGGAUCCUAGCUUACAGGACCUGACGACGACUAUGUUGAAGAUGGCGACUCAUUACGGUGCAGUGGAAGCCUUCGUGGAAGUUCAAAGCCGGAAAGAAUUUGGUGCGGUCAAUCAUGCGUUGUGUGCCGCUAUCAGAAAACUGCUGCAGGACUACUUGAUUCUCAUUGCUCAGCUGGAAACGCAGUUCCUGACGAACUCUUCCUUCACGCUGCAUGUUCUGAAUCUGCACACGCUUCCUACCAGUCAUAUGAUGUUCCAGCUUUACUCUUUGGCUCAUGAAAUCUUAAAACGAAACUCUUUACUAGAGGACGAAGACUCGGAUGACGAUUCUAAUGAUAUUGCGAACAUCAUAGAGAGUUUGAACAAGGGUGGCGACCUUAGAGCUGGAGGCAUACCUGGCAAGAAGAUUUGUAGAGGAGGUAGCGUCUUGGGCUUGAUCACGAAGCGGCUAGAAACAAUGUCAGGAGAUCCAGCUGCACGGACACUGCUAACUUCCCUUCUACGAGAUGCCAGCCGACCUUACAUGAUGAUGCUAAACCAGUGGUUACAUCAUGGAAGUAUCAAAGAUCCCCACGCAGAAUUUCUAGUCAGGGAGCAGAAGAGUAUAAGAAGAGAGAGGCUGGAGGAAGAUUAUACGGACGAAUACUGGGAAAGGCGAUACACUAUCCGAGAUCAUGAUGUCCCACCACAGCUUGAAGGCGUGAAAGACAAGGUAUUAUUAGCAGGGAAAUAUCUGAACGUUGUUCGAGAGUGUGGUGGAGUUGAUGUGAGCAAGGUCGUCACGGAUGUCCCACGGUCCUUUGACGACAACCGAUUUCUCGACAACGUCAAUAGUGCGUAUGCUCACGCCAAUCAGUCGCUGUUGGAACUGCUACUUACAACACAUGCGCUACCCGCUCGCUUGAGGUCUCUGAAGCACUAUUUCUUCUUAGAUCGGUCCGAUUUUUUCUCCUCCUUUUUGGAGCUCGGAACAUCUGAACUCCGAAAACCAGUGAAGAGUGUCAACACGAGCAAGCUUCAAUCACUGCUUGAUAUAGUCUUACGGCAGCCUGGCAGUGUAGCUGCCCAGGACCCCUUCAAGGAAGAUAUCAAGAUUGAGAUGAAUGAGACCAGCUUGACCAAUAUGUUAACAAGAGUUGUCAACAUCUCCGGCAUCGAGCAAGGCGAAACCUUACAAACUCCGGUCUCUCAGCCCACCAAUGAGAGCGACAAAGCGGCAGUUGGUUUUACUUCUCUACAAUUUGACUACUCAGUCCCGUUUCCUGUCUCACUCGUCAUCAGCAGAGGUACUGUGUGGAGAUACCAAGCGCUCUUUCGGCAUCUCCUCUCUCUCCGGCAUCUUGAGCAGCAACUUAUCUCGUGUUGGCAGUCCCACAACAGAUCAGCCAUCUGGACUCACAAGAGCUCGAAUAAGGCUAUAGAGAUGUGGAAACGACGGUGUUUUACACUGCGUGCCCGCAUGCUAGUCUUCGUACAACAACUGUUGUACUUCAGUACGGCAGAAGUCAUUGAGCCCAAUUGGCAAGCCUUCAUGACCAGUCUUAAGACGAAAGAGGACAGCAAAGAUGGCACGACAGCAAUCCGGACAGUUGAUAAGCUCAUGCAAGAUCAUAUCGACUUUCUUGAUACCUGCUUGAAAGAAUGCAUGCUCACUAAUGGGAGACUGUUAAGAGUCUACUCAAAAUUAAUGCAGACUUGUGCAUGGUUUGUCACAUACACGGGUUAUCUUGCGCGCGGGCUAGAGAAGGCCGACUUAGACUUGUCUGGCACGGAGAAGCCCAGCCACAUGAGCAAGCACCAAUGGAAACGCUAUCAAGCCGAUCGCAAACAGAGACUGGGUGAAUCCACAGCAUCGAACGGCUCUGCGGCAGCCUCGAAUGAAUUCGGAAAGCUAACUGAACUCAUCGAAAAGUACGAGGUGAAUUUCAGCAGACACUUACAGAUCUUGCUCGAUGCCCUCAACCACUACGCGGCAACGGAGACAGUCGUUCUUCUAGGGCUGUGCGCAAGGCUGAGCACGGCAAAUCAUGGCACCAAAUACAGUGGUCUGAGGGCUGAUGAGGAAAGUGCAUCGCAUGGAUGAUUUUUGAUGGGUUACGAUGCGCGGUAGCGAUUUUGGGCAAUGAAAGUCUGUGAUACCCGUGAGAGUUCUUGGAAUGGAUUAAAUGAGUAGCGGCGUUCUUGGGAUGAUAAUAAGACAGACAUGUAGAAAGUCAGUGUAGAAAACAGGUCUUUUCACAUAGAUAGUCAGAGAAUGACACGAACACUGCUGCGGGCGCCUGUAAUGCCUUCCUGGCUCUCCAUUGGAGUGGAUGUCAACGGUUGGAACGGAAUUCGUGUAGCUUUGUGUUUGCAGUUUGUAGCAAAUCGGUACAGCAGGUACUGUACGUAUGUAUGUAUGUAUGUAUGCUGGAGUCCAACGGGGAUUGACGCCGUGCAGC